UAUCGGCGAGACGGCGACAACGGUACGCCCACCAAGCUCUAGCGACAUCCCCUUUUCCUUUGUGCUGCUGUUAUAAGCCACUUCGAUUGGCUGUUAUCAUCCUCGGCCUCCAUUCUCUCUCCUCUCUUCUCUGAGCCAUGGCGAGCGCUUCCGCUCCUCCGAGGGCCCUUCAGAGCUCGGAAAUGCUCUCCAGAGACCAGCUCCUCCACCUCUUCGCUCGCUUCUCCGUCCUCACCUCCCAACCUGAUGUCAAGAAACGGAUAGCCGAUGCCGUAAAGGACAAGCAGGAGGCAGUAGCUGUAACUACAGCCAUCCAAGAGGAAAUACUUCUUGAAAUGGGAAUUGAUCCAAGAUAUGGGAUUGCUUGCUUGGGAAAGGUAAACACAGUUUAUGAGAAUGACAUGGAAUUGAUGAUCCAGUUUUACCGGUUUGUUGCGAAGGAAGAGAUGGCUAUUGAUGAGGCUGAGCUUGAGCCAAGUGAGUUUGCAGAAAAAAUGCUCACUCAGCAAAAACUGCAAGAGCAGCAAUUGGAGAUGUUAAAGCAGAUCCAGAAGUAUAAUCCAGAUGAGCAAUUUGCAAUCCUCGAAAAUUUGCACAAACAGCUGGAGAGUGCUAAUUUUGAUAGUAGUGCUGCAGUUCUUACACCAGAUCAAAUUCAAGAGGUGGUUAGGAGAAUUACCACAUGCUCUGUCAAGGCAUCUGGGUAGUGCUUCGAGUUUGUUUUGUCUGUAGCCUUUUGUAACUGUUAGUGUGAAGAAUCAACUGUUUGGUGAUUUGAAUGCAUUUGUUUUUUUAUCUCCAUAGCUGUAAUCUUUUACCACUUUGUAUACACUGUCUUUUAGCUGAGCCAUGGACUAAAGCUUAUCCCUA